GACGUACGACGUGGGUGGGAACGAGAGGCGCGCGAUCGACUCCAUGCCGCAGACAUGUUCGAAAGAAGUCUGUUAUGCCUGUGUGCGGCAGAAGAGGCUGACAUCCGCUGGUAACCUCCACUUCAGAAGGAUGUCGCAGAUUGAUAAUGCAAAAGUGGCGUUUGCCUUCCUGCGGCCGGCAUGCGUGCUGUUGACCCGGGAGCAGAGCAUACAGAAUGUUCAGCAACUUAACGCGCAGCUCAGGGAGGUGAGUGACCUGGCGUUACAGCAACUUCAGGAGUAUGUCCUCUUCCCGCUGCGUUUCGUUCUCAAGACACCCGGUUCCAAGAGGGAGAACCUCAUUCAAGCGGUGGUGGAGGGCAUUGAGUAUGUCCUGAGCAACACCUGCGUGCACAGCUGGGACUUACUACAGGAGCUCUUUUCUGAGCUUUGUUUGUGCCUCAGCUCUCCAGGAAAGCCAGGGAAGCCUGCAUCUGUCUCAGAGGACUUGAAGGCUGCAGUGAUACAAAGUUUGGAUGCGCUGCUGCAUGCGGCUUAUGGAGAUAUUGCAUUACAAUUGUACAAACCAGUCAUGUUGCCUGGCUUGGGUGCAGCUAUUUCCCUUCUGCUGGCCCUAGCUGAGGAGGAGAAAUCUAGGAAGGUACAGGCCGCUGCCUUAAAGUGUCUCCUCAUCCUGCUUUUGCAGUGUGAUUGCAAAGAACCACAUCUGUGGGUGGGCCAAGAGGAGAGCUGUGCUCUUGCUACUGCUUUUGCUUGUUUCUUACCUGGAAUCACCCAAGUCCUCACACGGGUAAUUACUGGUGACAUGAAGCAGGGACAUGCUGUUACUGUCAAGGCCAUAAAGGUCUGGUACAGGACCGUAGGACUCGUCAUGGCAGAUGAGCAGCUGUCAAAUGCUGAUUCCAGUGAGGCAUCGGCAGCGGACCUGGGUAAGGUUGGGGAAUUGUUGGUGAAGAGGACACAGACCUGGGUGAAGGAGACAUCAGAAAAGGUGGCUAUACUGCUGAAGAGGAUAACAUCUUGCGUGUCAGUUCACCAGCACUGGAAGGUGAGACUUGAGAUGGUCAACCUCUCAGAAAACCUUCUUUCCACCUGCCAAAAAUCCUUAAAGCAGUGCAUCAGCAAUCUUUUGGAAGUUCUGGUGGGCAAGCUGAAUGAUGAGAACUCGGCUGUCCGAGAUAAGUGCAGUGCUGCUCUAGAGGCCAUAGCACUGAGAAAUCAAACUGGAGAUAACCACACCUUCAAUGAUAUCCUUUCAGAGAACCUUCACUCCCUAGCCACGUCUCUGCCACGUCUCAUGAGGAUAUCGGAUGAUCAGCACAAGCUGUUCAUCCUCAACGUCUUUUUAGGCUACCUCAAGGUCCUUGGACCCAAGGUGGCUAUGGUGCUGAACUCAGCAGCUCACUUGCAGCGCAUCUCCAAGGCCUUGAUGCAGGUGCUAGAGCUAGAUAUCACAGAUGUUCGCAUAGUUGAAGAGAGGAGCUCAUCUUCCUUGGAGCACACAGGCCUUGGACCUCAUGAGUUGUACACCCAGAAGAAGCAUUUCGUGUACUUCACAGAUGCAAACAUUUUCUCCUCGCUGCAGCAGAUCUGCAGGUUUUUGGGCUACUAUGGAAACCUCUAUUUGCUAGUGGAUCAUUUCAUGGAUCUCUAUAGGGAAUCCUCAGUUUACAGAAAGCAGUGUGCUUUAGUUCUUAAUGAGAUUAUUAGUGGUGCAGCUGGAGUGGGGCUUGUGGCAAAACACAAGUAUGGCCCAGUAAGUAAGGAUGAUCUUAAAGCAGCAGUCAUGUCCAUCAUUGAAGAAUACACUAGCCUGAACAACUGGCACCUUCCUACCAACAGUGUGGAAUCUGACCGGGAUGAAGACAGUCAUUUCAGUCAUUUGAGAAUUCUCUCCAUUACUAAUAGUGUUCAAGAGAACCAUAACCAGCUGCUCCCUGCAAAAAAGAGCUCCACUGUUCACCAGAUGAACAGCAACAUCUGGCAGAUCUGCAUCCAGCUGGAAGGCAUAGGUUGCUUUGCUGUUGCCCUAGGGGUAGACUUCCGGUUGCUUCUGAUGACAACCCUGUACCCAGUGCUGGAGAAGGCUGGCGACGAGACCCUGCUGAUCAGCCACUCAGCUCUGUGUUCCUUGUGGGACAUUUGCCGGGCAUGUGGUUACAGCUCAUUGAAGGAGCUUAUCAACAUGAACUCUGACUACCUGCUCAACGACAUCUCCCUGAAUCUGCAGAGGCUUAGCUUGCACCCUCAUGCUCCACGGGUGCUUGCCGUCAUGUUCUACCACUCCGAUGCCAGCCUGCUGCCCCUAGUAGGGGAUGUUGUCCAAGAUGUGCUCACAGCUCUGGACCUGAGCUAUGACGAGAGGGCACCAGUGUUUUGUGCAGUGCUGCAUUCACUGGUAAAGGCUUUAGUGCGAUGGUUCCCCGCUAAGUUGGGGGAAAAGAAAUACAGUGCUCCAGCUGGGGCCAGAUGUGAAGACCCUCUCGAUGUGAGGCAGUUUCUUCUGGACUACCACAAAUUGAGAUGCCAGGCUGAGGGCCUCUUGGAGGAUGAAGGAGACACAGGUGACAUAGAAAAACCAUCGACUGUUCCAGACUCUGACGAGGAUCUAGAAGAUCCCGAUAAAAAGCCCGAACUCCCCUCUCACAUCACAAUGGCUAAAGAUGUGCUGGAGCGAUGCAUCCACCUGCUGUCUGAUCCCAGCCUUCGUCUCAGACUUAAGGUCCUGGAUGUGCUGGAGCUGUGUGUGUGUGUGCUGCAGAGUCAUGAGGAUGUGCUACUGCCCUUAGUACACCGAUGUUGGCCUGCCCUCCUGCAGCGGCUCACCAAUGAUGACCCGUUGGCUGUGCUCUGGGCCAUCAAGGUGCUGUGCACUCUGGGUGAGACAUGUGGAGACUUCCUUAGGAAGAGAGUCUCCCAGGAGGUGCUGCCAAGGCUCACAGGCUCCCUGCUGAAGCAGGCCCCACUGAGCGCCAAGGCCGGGCCCAUCUACGCCCACACCUUGGCCUUCAAGCUUCAGCUGGCCGUCCUGGAAGGCCUGGGAACUCUGUGUCUCAGACUGGACCUGGCGGACUCUGACCUGGACCUGGUGUCUGAGGCUUGCCUGCCCUACCUGAGCUGCAGACAGCCAGCUAGACUUCAGGAAGCCUGCCUGAGUGUUUUCCGCCAUCUCAUCAAGGUGGACCCUGAUGCAGUUUGGUUCAUGCUGAACGAGCUCUACUGUCCACGUUCAUAUGAGCCUCCGCACUCGGACUUGCACGCCGUGCGCCUGGCUGGGAUGGGCCGACCGAAGAACGAGUACACCGACAACAUCCUUAGGCUCCUGGCAGAGAUCCAUUGACUUUCCGGCCUCCCAGGGCCACCGUCCGCUGGUGCAGAGUUCCACGUGUACGUAAUUGGAUUUUUCGAAAUGAUUUCGAUGACCAGCAAGGCAGAGCGCGCUGCCUGCACCGAAGGACAGGCACCACAAUUAGAAAUGUUUAGGUCGAGGCAUCGUUGAACAGCCCUGUGUGGGGAGCCUGUGAUAGGGUUCCGUUCUGUCCACAGUUGCCGCUGCUGUUUCUUUUAGCCUGUGAGCCUCUGUGGUGAAGGGUGCGAGGAGUGUGGAGGUGGAAGGUGGAACUUGAACGUGAAGAUUCUGUCUCAGGUUCAGCUUAGUUCUGAAAUCUCUUCCAUCUCAGUCGGUCUCCAAGACAAAGGCUUCCUGCAUUUGUUUACCACUCCUGGUCAAAUGUAUUAUUUAUGAUGAAACUCUGCUGCGUAAAAUACAACCCGAACCCCCUGUAAAAUCUUCACUUGGAUGCCUUUAGUCCGUUUUGUGGCGAGAAUCUUUUUUAAUUUAUUUUGAGUGCAUUUUUUCCCCAGAAUGCCUCGGGUUUUCGUGCAAAAUGUUCCUUUUUUUUUUUUAACUACGUGCAGCCGCUGCCUCAGUGGACCGAACUCAAGUGCGUGCAUUCAUUUUUUUUCCUGUCAUCAAGUGAUAAUGGUCCAGGGUUCCAUUGAUAAUCUAGAAAGCCGGUAAUUAAGACAACUGCAGACACACACAAAUGUUUUGUCCAGCUAACCUUUUCUGAAUCAAAGCAUGUUCAGUUUGGAGGGCUUUUCAUUUCUGUAAAGAAUCACCACUUGGUUUUUCGGCUCACCAGUCUUUACCUGGGGAGGUGGGGUGGCUGCAGCUCACAUCUGUGCUCUUUUGAAGUUCAUACUCGUCGAAACGAUGCACCUUGUUUAGAAACUAAGGGUGUUUGGUUGCCAUCAAGAUCAACUAAAGCAGUUCGUUCACACAGCUUCUGCCAGACACCUCUGGCAACACCGGCAUUUUCUGCUGUUUGUCUGAAGUGUGAACCUCAGGUGUAUUUCAGAAUGUUGGUACUGAACAGGGAGGUGGUGGGGGGCACUGCGCUGCAGAGGUGCCCCCGAUGCUGUGAGAAAGGCACUCGAGCCCAGCGUUGAGAAUAGUGCUGCCAGGCUCAUUUUGUGUCGGUGCACAAAGCUGUGUUGCCUGCGCUCCCUUAUUUAUCCUGCUGCCAGUCCAGACAGCGGCGCCAUUAUUUAUCAGGCAUGGGGGCUUGGCAGCUGGCGCAGGGGCUAAUGGGAUUACCUCCGCACCCAAGUUGAUAAGUGUGCACUUUAUUGUGUUAUGUUUCACCUAAUUUGACAAAACUGUUGUUUGGCAGAUUAAGGCCUACUUAACACACCAAAACAGCACACAUGUUGUACCUCGGUGUUGGGAAAGAGGGACCCGAUAGGGACGAGGGUUGAGGGACGGGGUUGGAGGUUGGGGGUUCAGGAGAGAUGUGGCCCAUUUACCUGGAUGGCUGUUCUCUUUACACCUGCCUUGUUCAAUAAGAGGGCUUGUGUUGCGGACAGGACUACAAGUGGUACUUGCGACCCGUGUAGGUGGAAUAUGUUCUGCACUCGUGCUGUGUUUUCAGCUUUUAUAAAGGGGGUACAUAACUAGGGCAGGCAGAUGAAACACGGAGAGGGAGUAAUUGCACAAGAGGAAAUGCUGUGUGUCACAGAGGCCACUGUGGAUCUCGCCUUAAUGAAAUGUUUGUAUCCGUUAAAGCACUGAAUUAAUAGUCUGAGCCGCCUAAUGGUAAGAACUGUACUGCUCCGGCCUUAACAAGCAGAGGGUGGUACACGCACACAUGGAGAUGUAAAACCCCAGGAGCCUUGAGGUGAUCUCUGAAAUGCCACGAUGUGAUGAUGAACUGUUCCCCAGGGGAAAAAUGACUGCUCUUAAACCACUGGCAACUAUUAAGGAACCCUGGUUUUUUAAACUAAUUUUAAUCCAUGAUGUAGUUCUUAUGGCUCACAGACCUCCCUGUCUGUAAUAUGAUCACAAAGUGAGUAAAGCCAGUUCGCAUCAUCCUUUUCCAUCUUCAGCCUUCUUCAUAAACAUUGCAGAAUCCUCCUCCAGUCCAUACAUUUUAUAAUUGUUCAAUAGAUUUGAGAUAAUAGGUUCGGAACCUAUCCCAGAGAGCACAGUGUGUAAGGCAGAGUGCAUAUGUCGACCAAAGGGGAAUCAUACACCUAUAUAACUAACCAGAUUUUUGGGGUUUUUUUUUUUUUUUUUGGA